AGGUUCGGAGUCAGUGUGCCAAAGUCAAUCGUCGCCCGCGCAGUCCACUCCGCGGCGCAGACAAAAGCGCGCGCAUUUUUCGUUCAUUUUUCUUUGUUAAUUUUAAGGCGAGGAUGCCGGCGCCUGACUAUAGUGUGGACCUGGAGCUGGGCGAGCCAGCGGAAGAGUUGCUGGAGCACGCUCGUCUUCAUUGCGGCGAGGACGACAGCACACGACUACAGGCCAUAUACGAACUGAGAGACAUUAUAUACGAACGUGGUGAGUGCGACCCACACCGUAUGGACGACGAGUUUUUAAUACGAUUUUUGCGAGCCAGAAAUUUCAUACCACAAAGAGCUCACAGACUGAUGGUGAAUUAUUACCGUUUCAAGCAAGAAAAUUCACAGCUAUUUGAAGACGUCUAUCCAUUGAAACUCCGCCACGUUGGGGAUUCGAAUGUACUCGCCGUGCCGCCUUACCACGACCAGAAUGGACGAAGACUACUUAUCUAUAGAAUUGGCUGCUGGGACCCUAAGGCUGUUCCGAUAGACGACUUGUUCAAAGCCACUAUCUUGGCUAUGGAGUUGGGAAUGCUGGAGCAACGCAACCAAAUCCUCGGCGGUCUGGCGAUCUUCGACCUGGCAGAUAUUGGCACGCAGCAAGCGUGGCAGAUCACACCAUCCAUAGCUAACAAGAUUGUAAAACUCUUAGUGUCUUGUUUCCCUGCAACAACCCACGCCAUCCACAUCAUCAACCACUCAUGGCUGUUCGACAAGAUGUACAAUAUGUUCAAGCCGCUGCUCAACUCUACAAUGCGGUCCAAGAUCUUCUUCCACGGGUAUGACGUGAAGUCUCUUCACCAGCACAUAGAUCCGGAACAUUUACCGGAGAGAUAUGGUGGAGUCUGGCCGGAUUAUUCUUACACCAUCUGGUUGGAUUCCUUGAAGAAUAACUAUGCAGUUGCAAAAGAAAUGAUCACUUGCGGCUAUAAGUUUCAAGAGGAUGAACUACCUCCAGAAGUUGUUAGGAAAUUAAAGGAAAAUGAUGUUAGGUUGUCGUAAAAGUUGCAUAAAUAUUGACGUUACAAAAGAACUUUGUAACUUUUUAUUAAGGAUAGUGGUUUAGGAAAUUAGUUUGGCAUUUUUUAAUCAAUUAGGUUUUAAAAUACGUUCUUCAUUAUGUUUAAUACAUUUUUGAGUAUCUGUUUUUUGUCGCUUAGUCUAUGUUGCUAUUAGUAUACUAAAUUACUUUAUUAAUUUUACUUAGCCUAUUAAUUUGUAAGUUUUUAUUGUAUUAGUUUUAUAUUGAAAAUCGUCAAAAAACCUGUGAUAAAGUUACUUGAGUAGUAGUAUAACUAUUAUUAAAAUAAAAUAAGUAUUAGCUUCUAAAAAACCGUAAUUAUUCCGAUUUUUUUGCCAUUUAACGGAUACCUAAAUGUUAAAGGUUUU